ACCCGACACUCAGCAUCGGGGCCCUGCUGCUCAUUCAGAGAAUGAUCUUCCAGAGCAAGAGGAAGAAAUCCUGGGAUCAGAUGACGAUGAACAAGAGGAUCCAAAUGAUUACUGUAAAGGUGGUUAUCACCUUGUGAAAAUAGGAGAUCUCUUUAAUGGACGAUACCAUGUGAUUCGGAAGCUUGGAUGGGGCCACUUCUCCACUGUGUGGCUAGCUUGGGAUAUCCAAGGGAGGAGAUUUGUGGCAAUGAAGGUGGUGAAGAGUGCAGAGCACUACACAGAAACAGCAUUGGAUGAAAUCAAGUUGCUAAAAUCGGUCCGCAACAGUGAUCCAAACGAUCCAAGUAAAGAGAGAGUUGUUCAGUUAUUAGAUGACUUCAAGAUUUCAGGAGUUAAUGGUUCUCAUAUCUGUAUGGUGUUUGAAGUUCUAGGGCAUCAUCUCCUGAAGUGGAUCAUCAAGUCAAAUUAUCAGGGGCUUCCACUCCCUUGCGUCAAAAAGAUCAUCAAACAGGUUCUUCAGGGUCUGGAUUACUUGCACACAAAAUGUCGAAUCAUUCAUACAGAUAUUAAACCUGAGAACAUUCUUCUGUGCGUUAAUGACCAGUAUAUCCGCAGGCUGGCUGCAGAAGCGACAGAGUGGCAGAGAUCUGGGGCUCCCCCACCAUCUGGCUCUGCAGUGAGCACUGCACCACAGCCAAAACCAGCUGACAAAAUGUCAAAGAAUAAAAAAAAGAAGUUGAAAAAGAAGCAGAAACGGCAGGCUGAGUUGUUAGAGAAGCGUAUGCAAGAGAUAGAGGAAAUGGAGAAGGAAGCAAGCCCAGGGCAGACACAGCCUGAAGAGGAGGAAGAAGCUCAGAGCCCUCUGGAAAUGCUCAUAAAAGUUAGUCCACCAGAGGAGAACGUCAGCAAAAAGACAGCUGAAGUUGUUGUACAAGAGCAAUCUAUUCUAAUGGAAAGCAGCGUGGAAAAAUGUGUAACAGAAAUAAAUUGCAAUGGAGUGAUACAAAUGACGGACUUCCCAGACUCCGGCAAUCAAGGGUCUGUGCGACUUGAGGAUGACCUGCAUAAUGCCAAUAACUGUGGCGAUCACCCUCACACACAGAAGGAGAACUUCCAUAGUUGUAAUUACAGUCAGCGUAACGGUGACUCGGAGAACAGGCCUCAAGAAGCAAUGUCGGACUCGUUCGUGCCCUUAGUUUCAGAAGAUUCCAUGGUGUGUCAGCCCACAUCCAACGAAGAGCGAUCAUUCAAUGAGCAGGAGAUUAACCAUUUGCAAGAAAGCAUCCGGACAGAGAUACCUUCAGAGGACGAGAAUGAGAAUAAUAGCCCGUCAGACAACAAAGGAAAAUCAACUGCUGGGAAUUUCCUUCUUAAUCCUCUUGAGCCCAAGAAUGCAGAUAAGCUCAAAGUGAAGAUAGCUGACCUAGGAAAUGCCUGCUGGGUGCACAAGCACUUCACUGAAGACAUCCAGACAAGACAGUACCGAUCCUUGGAGGUGUUGAUAGGAUCGGGGUAUAACACCCCUGCUGACAUCUGGAGCACGGCGUGUAUGGCUUUUGAGUUAGCAACAGGAGACUAUCUGUUUGAGCCUCAUUCUGGGGAAGAUUACUCACGGGAUGAAGAUCACAUUGCAUUGAUCAUAGAACUUCUGGGGAAAAUACCUCGCAAGCUCAUUUUGGCAGGAAAAUAUUCCAAGGAGUUUUUCACCAAAAAAGGUGAUCUGAAGCACAUCACCAAACUGAAGCCCUGGGGCCUUUUUGAAGUCUUGGUGGAAAAGUACGAGUGGUCCCAAGAUGAGGCAGCUGCAUUCACAGACUUCUUAUUACCUAUGUUGGAGCUGAUCCCAGAGAAACGAGCUACAGCAGCAGAGUGUCUCAGGCACCCCUGGCUUAACUCAUAGAGGCUUCAACCCAAUGCCACAGCACUACACUCUGGUUUACAGCAUAGCAUACAUGCAGCCAGCUGCCCCUUCCCAGAUCCGUUUUUUUCCGUGUUCAUUUUCAGUGUGAAGUUCUUCCUUCAAGGCUUCCAAGAUUUUUAGAAAUUCCAAGAAUUUAGAAAUCUAACCUGUUCUGCUGAGUUUGCUUGUGUGACUCAAUGGGGACUCUCCUCAGCCAGUGGGUAUCAUCUGUGUUUUGCCUUGAUUG